CCCCCACUGACAAUCCCUCUAGGUACCUGAGUUCUGAGUUCUAGGCCUGGCUCGGCCUCAGGCUCAUUCUGAGACCUACGAACAUUCCCGCUUCUCUGGCCUCACUUUUUCUUACUUACGAUGGAGCGUUAGGAGUCAAGGACCUGAAGAUGCCAGGCGGGACAGCCGGGAAAUGGAACACGCCCCUUGCCAGUGGCACUCGGAGGGUGAAAGAGUCAGUGUCGGGCUCAACAUGAGGAGCCUCUUUCUGCCCCCAGCCCAGCAACCCAUUUGAACAGAUCUGGCAUCCGGGAGAAUUCUCGAAUUAAGGGGAAGAGAGGAAGGGAAGAGCUGGGAAAUACGCAAAGCGCCUUUUCCUCCACUUUCGGAGAUGGUACGUGCGCGCUUCCACGCAGUGGCGGCUGCUGCGGCGGGCACGUCCCCUACGGGACCCACGCGGGGAGCGGACUGGCAGCGCGCGCGUGGCGGCGGGGAGUGGGUCGUGCAAGCGACUGCGGGGUGGGAGUGGGGGCGCACGCGCGGGCGUGGGCGAACGGGCCCUGGCCGUGCACACACACGGCGGGGGCAGGGGACAGAUGCCGCAGUGCGUGCGCCGGAGCCCAAGUGCACAAACGCAAAGAGCCGGCGCGGUGCGCAGGGGCGGGCGCCCAGCGGGCUUGGCAUGCGCGCCCCCGCCCGGGGCUAUAAAAGCAUCGCCACCUGCUGCCACUAGCCAAGCCGCGCGUCCAGUUGCUUGGAGAAGCCCAUUCACAGCCUCCAGCUGCUGCUCGCUUCGACAUGGACCCCGAGACCUGCCCCUGCCCUUCUGGCUGCUGCUCCUGCUGCCCUGCGGAGUGUGAGAAGUGUGCCAAGGACUGUGUGUGCAAAGGCGGAGAGGGGGCCGAGGCAGAGGCAGAGAAGUGCAGCUGCUGCGAGUGAGGAAGCACCCCUCCAUGUGGAGCACGUGGAGAUAGUGCCAGGUGGCUCAGUGCCACCUAUGCCUGUGGUGAGGUGUGGCUGGUGUCCCCUUCUCCUGUUGACCUUAGGGGAGUGGCAAUAAAUCCCAUGAACAGCAUGA